UGUGGCAGCCAUACUCUUGUUACUUAAUUAAUUAAACUAAAAUAAAAUGCUAACACGCGUGUUCCGCUUGGUUCGCGACCAGCGUUUAAGUGUUCCCGUGCUGCGAUGCUUCCACCACGAGUUCUCCAAGCCGGAGCCACAGGGGGCGGCUACCAAAACCGAGGAAAAGCCAACAAAUCCCUUCCACAAUGUACCGGGCGGUGUUGUGCAAAGCAAAUACAAAGUAUUCCGCGAUGAUGAAGCCACCGAGAUCUUUGAUGUGGAGGAGGCACGCUACCAGGAGCAGCAGCUGCCCAACGAGCCCGAUGAGCAGCAGGACCAGUACUAUGGCUUGAACCUAAAGCGAGGUGUUCGCGGCGUGUUCGAUGUGGAGGACUUGGUAGAGCUGUUGCGGAAGGAGAAUGUCGACGACAUAUUCGUGUGCUAUGUGCCCGAGGAGCUGAAAUAUGUGGAUCACCUGGUUGUGUGCAGUGGAAGGAGCUACCGACACAUGCUGUCCACUGCGGAGUUUGUGCGUCGUAUGUUCAAGAUUAAGCGUAACAAAAGUGACAUUCUGCCGCGUAUUGAGGGAGACAAGAGCCGGGACUGGAUGGCCAUGGAUUUGGGCAACAUUGCGCUGCACAUCUUUUCGCCCAAGGCACGUGAGGAAUACGACCUGGAGUCACUGUGGGCCAUUGGCUCCGAGUACGAUCGCGAGAGCCAAAAGCCGCAUAAUCCCUAUGGAGAUAUUUUCAUGGCUCCCUCUAUAGCGACAGUUCCAGCUCCGUUAAACCAGGAAACGUAAAUUUCUUUGGCUUUACUAGUUUAAUAUAUAUACAUUGCUUCACCAGA